AUGGAGGAUCCCUUCAGCCCCUCAACUUUCUCGCUGGCGCCCAACGUCUCCGUACCCGUCUUUCCCGGCUGGGGUCUCAACUUCACUUCGGAACAGGGAGCCCCGGCCCCGGGGCCGCCGCCGCCGCCUCCGCCGCCUCCCGGACCGCCCGGCCGCCGCGUCCGCCUGGUCUUCCUGGGGGUCAUCUUGGUGGUGGCGGUGGCCGGCAACAGCACUGUGCUGUGCCGCCUGUGCGGGGGUGCCGGGCCGUGGGCAGGCCCCAAGCGUCGCAAGAUGGACUUCCUGCUCGUGCAGCUGGCCCUCGCUGACCUGUACGCGUGCGGAGGCACCGCGCUGUCGCAGCUGGCCUGGGAGCUGCUGGGCGAGCCGCGCCGGGCGGCGGGAGACCUGUCGUGCCGCUUCGUGCAGCUGCUGCAGGCGUCCGGCCGAGGCGCCUCGGCCCACCUCGUGGUACUCAUUGCCCUCGAACGCCAGCGCACCGUGCGCCGGCCGCAGGGCCCGCCGCUGCCAGCGCGCGCCCUCGCCGCCCUGGGCUGGCUGCUGGCGCUGCUGCUGGCGCUGCCCCCCGCCUUCGUGGUGCGCGGGGGCGCCCCCUCGCCGCCACCCGCCGCGCCCUCGGCCCCCCGCGCUUGGUCCGGGGAGCGUCGCUGCCGUGACAUCUUCGCGCCUCUGCCGCGCUGGCACCUGCAGGUCUAUGCGCUUUACGAGGCCGUCGCGGGCUUCGUGGCGCCGGUCGCGGUCAUGGGCGUAGCUUGCAGCCGCCUGCUCUGCGCCUGGUGGCAGCGCCCGCCCCAGGCCCCGCCGCCUUCAGCGCCCUGGUGGGCGAGUCCCGGCCGAGCCCCUGCGCCCAGCGCGCUGCCACGCGCUAAGGUACAGAGUCUGAAGAUGAGCCUGGCGCUGGCGCUGCUGUUCGUGAGCUGCGAGCUUCCCUACUUCGCUGCCCGGCUGGCGGCCGUGUGGUCGUCGGGACAGGUGGGAGACUGGGAGGCCGAGGAAGUGGCGGCCGCGCUGCACCUCGUGGGAGUGGCCAACAGCGCUCUCGAUCCCUUCGUUUACCUCUUCUUCCAGGCAGGCGACUGCCGGCUCCUGCGGCGGCUGCGGAGGCGCCUGGGCGCAGUCUGCUGUUCGUGGGAGGGAACAGCGGAGGACGAUGAGGGGACGGGGGGCCACCAAGCGCUGCACCGCCACCGCUGGCCCCACCCCCAUUAUCACCACGCUAGACGCGAGCAGCCAGAAGAGGGCUGCUGGCGCCCACCUCCGCCUCGCCCCCGGCCGCUGCCCUGCUCCUGCGAAAGCGCUUUCUAGCUGCUCCAUGGCCACUCAGGUCACCGUCGCCGCCGCACGGCCUCCACGGAACACGCGGCGGGCCCGGGUCUAUCCAGAUCACAACGGGCAGGAGAGUCUCAGAUUGACCCUGAAGCUGUCCCCUUCCUACACUCUCUCUUUCUAAUGUUUACAUUUCCCUACACUUUUCCAGGUUCUUCUCUCCCUUUCAGUUCCUCUCACAUUUCCCAGUUUGGAGA